CGUGCUCGUGGUGAGGCAGGGCAUUCUUCCGAUAACGUUACGAGUCCACCAGAGUCAGUAGCGCAGUAAGCAUGUCCCUGCAAGGUCGGCUAGCCGUGGUGACCGGAGGCGCCAGCGGCAUUGGCAAGGCCACUUGCCACGCCCUGGCCUCUCAAGGAGCCAGAGUCAUCGUCGCUGAUCGCAACCUGGACGGUGCCAAAACAGUGGCAGAAGCGCUACCAGGCCCGGCAACCCACAAGGAAGCUUUCCUGGACGUCACCAAAACAGAAUCGGUGGACAAACUGUUCGCCGACAUCAAGGACACCGAGUCGACUCCAGUCAGCAUCGUGGUGAAUUGCGCUGGCAUAGCAGGGAUCUCGCUGCUCGUCGACACCACAGAUGAGGCCUUUGACAAGAUCAUUCGGGUCAAUCUCAAGGGCACUUUCCUCGUUACAAGGGCAGCCGCGCGUGCCAUGAUUGCGUCCGGCGUCACCGAGGGUGUCAUCGUGAAUAUCGCCAGCAUCCUAGGCAAGACCGGGCUCUCUGGUUCGGUCCCGUACACCGCUUCCAAGGGGGGCGUGGUGUCUCUGACCAAGUCAGCGGCUCAGGAACUGGCAUCGCACGGCAUCCGCUGCAACGUCGUGCUGCCGGCGUUGACGCAGACUCCGAUGAUUGAUCCGCUGCCCGAAGAGAGCCACAAGAUGUUUCUUGCCCUCACGCCCAUGCGGCGAGUGGGACAGCCCGAAGAAGUGGCCCAGGCCGUUCUCUACCUCUGCAGCCCGCAGAGCUCGUACAUGACAGGUGCCGCCCUUGAAGUAACCGGUGGAUUCGGAAUGUGAAAGCCUUGGCGAGUGU